GGCGCGGCCACCUCGGUUUGCGUCGGCGUCUUCUGCGGCGUCCUCCGGGGUCCUCGGAGCCCUCGAAGCCCUCGAAGCUCGGACCGGACCCCGAGAGUCAUGGAGAUGAAGGCCGUGUGCGUGCUGAAGGGCCAGGGCCCGGUGGAGGGCACCAUCCACUUCGUACAGAAGGGCAAUGGGCCUGUUGUGGUAUCAGGAACCAUUAGAGGAUUGACUGAAGGCGAGCAUGGAUUCCACGUCCAUCAGUUUGGAGAUAAUACACAAGGCUGUACCAGUGCAGGCCCUCACUUUAAUCCUCUGUCCAAAAAACACGGUGGGCCAAAAGAUGAAGAGAGGCAUGUUGGAGACCUUGGCAACGUAACUGCUGGCAAGGACGGUGUGGCCAACGUGUCUAUGGAAGAUUCUCUGAUUGCACUCUCAGGAGACCAUUCCAUCAUUGGCCGCACGAUGGUGGUCCACGAGAAACGAGAUGACUUGGGCAAAGGUGGAAAUGAAGAAAGUACGCAAACGGGAAACGCUGGGAGUCGUUUGGCUUGUGGUGUCAUUGGGAUCGCCAAGUAAAUAUUCCCUAGGAUGCGAUCUGAGUCCUAGUAACUCCUAUGUUAUCUUGCUAGUUGUAGAAAUUUAACUUGAUAAACAUUAAACACUGUAACUUUAAAAGUGUAA